AUUGCUUAGCUGCCUGCCUGACUCAUUCUCUUAACCUAUGCCGUCGCCCAUCUGGCCCGACGGCAUCCUGCCAUGGCUGCGCAGCCUCCCGCACCUCUCGGUGACGCUCCGUCCCGUGUCCAACGACUUUUCGCUCAAGGAGGAGUACGUGCAAUCGCAGAUGCUGUUGGUCGUGAUGGUGCUUGGCGUCGGCUUCAUUGUGCUGCUGCUGCUGGCAGUCCUCGUGUGCACCACAAUCACCUUCAUUCGCCCGUCCGACUCCCCAAAGCUCGCGGUCCGCUUCUAUGUCAUCGCCAACGCGGUCGCGAUGGCUGCCGCCGCCUCCCUCGCAGCGAGCUUUGACGGCAAUUUCGCGGCGGGGCUCCAUGCGCUCCUCGCAUCGAUCGACCGACUGCAGGCAGUCGCGCACACGGCCGCAGCGGACGGGGUAAGCCUCCGCGACGCAACCCGCGACGCGAGCCGCGCCCUGAGUGCUGUCGCGGCCUGCGAGGGCUGCGUUGGGGCGGCGGCGGCGUUGGCGAGCGGCGGGGCGGCCAGCAGCGACGCGGAUGGUGGUGGCGCGGGCGUGUGCCACGCGCUCGAGGCCCGCCACGCGCUGGAGGCGGAGGGCGGCGCCUUCGCCUCUCCUUUCUCGAGUGGGGAGGACCACUUUUCGCGCGUGACUGCGAUGCUGCUGCCGGCCACCGCGUGGCACCGCUGGGCUGCGACGCUGCCGCUCUUCGCGCUGACUCUCAUCGCGUGCGCCAUCGUCACCGGAGCGGUCGCUGGCCGGCGCGCGCUCCUCGUCGGGUCGCAGUUCGGCGGAGUCAUCGUCUGGUGGAUGAUGUGCGCCAUCACCUCGGUCCAGCUCGCCCUCGCCGUCGGCGUCGCCCUCGAGUGGUUUGCGGCGCAGCGCAAGGAGGCGGGCGGUGAGGAGGACCGCACCUUGGCAGCCGCCUACCACUUCCUUGCAAACUGCUCCGCGCCCAACCCGCUCACCGCGCCGCUCGACGGGGUCGCGUCCUCCACCGCCGCCCUCUCCGCCGCGCUCGACGCGCUCGGCGCAAACUGCUCCUCCCCCUCGCUGCUGCAGCCGGCGAGGAGGGCGCUCUCGCGGGUCGGCGAGUCGGCGCGGCGAGGCGAGGAGCUGCUCGGGGGCACGCAGCCUCCAGGAAGCGUCGUCGGCGUGUUCCUCUUCCAGUCGGCCUCCGGGCUGCUGCUGCUGCUGCUCACCGCCUCGCUGCCGGCGCUGUGGCACUCGCACUGGCUGCCGCCCCUCGCCCUCGACCUCGAGCCGUGGCGCCGCUCGGCUCGCCGGCUGACGGAGCGGCUGAGGGAGCGGCGGAGGGAGCGAUCGGCGGCGACGACUGCGCGGCUGCUCGCGCCGUCGCAGCAGGACGCGUCGCUCGCUUGCCUCGUCGCGCCGCUCGCGCCGAGCAACGAGCCGCCGGGGGAGGGGGGGGGUGCGUCGGCGCGAGGCGAGCCGGCGGCCGGCGCGAGUGGGGCGGCGCACGCGCCACCGUUUGCCGGCGAUCCCGGGCCGAGCCGCUGCUGCGGCGGAGCGGCCGGCCCGAGUGGCGGGGAGGCGGGCUUCGGCGGCGCUUGCGGUCCAGCCGCCGCGUCGUCGCAGGGCCCGCCGGCGGACAGCCCCGACACGAGCGAGCCGUCGGUCCUCAGCGAGGUUUCCCUCAAGCCGCUGCACGGCCUCGCCUCCUCCUCCUCCGAGGAGGAGGAGGACUGCUCCGAGGCAGAGAGCGCCUGA